UGUCGUCAUUACGCACAGGGUGGCUACGUGGAAAACAUGGAGGAAAGGAGUAUGUAGAGUAAACUUAACUGUCUGAAUUACAAAACAAUUUCAGACCCUUUCCUUUGUCAUUCGUACUUAAUAAAUCAACUGGACUAAACUUCAGGUCACUUUAAAAGACAGUAGUCGCCCCUGAACGGUCCUGGGAAUCGGCAGAGCCGCGGAGAGCUGAGAGAAGCGUUUAUGACAGGUUUUGGCAUAUGCCUGGUGAAAAAGCAGUGAAGAGCAGCGAGUCUGGCUGAGCACAGCCAGCAAAGAUGGGAGCCAACACCAGUCAGGUCAGUGACCUGUCCGAUAAUCCCAGCCUCAAGGCCCUGGUGGGCACAGAGUCCAUAUCGGAGAAUGACCCUUUCUGGAACCAGCUCAUCUCCUUCACCUUCAUCAGUCCCACCAGCAGUGGAGACUCUAAGUUACUGGAAGAAGCUGUCAUACCCCUGGCCAAGAUCCUCAUUGAAAACAAUCCGAGAACGGGGAACUUUGGCGCUCUGGUGAGAAUUUUCCUGGGAAGAACCAAAGAGCUGAAAAUCUCUACAGAAUGCCAAGACCAGCUUUUUAUCUGGCAGGCCCACAAUGCACUGUUCAUGAUUCGCUGUCUGCUCAAGGUCUUCAUCAGGGAGAUGAGUGAAGCUGAGCUGCACCAGCAGUUCUCCUACCAGGAGAGGGCACCAGGAUCCUGCGGAGGAAGUGAAGACCUUCUUGAGGAGCUGCUGUCCAACCUUGUUCACCUGAUCGUUGAAGUGCCGCUGCUUGACAUCACCUAUAGCAUCCUGUUUGAGGCAGUGACCGUGCUGCUGGUAUUCUUCUCCUAUCAGCUCUUCUACAAAGACAUCCUCAGAGAUGGAAUUAUAUACCAGCACAUCAUGAAGGGACGAUGCAUGUGUUUAACCAGUCGACUGGUGAAGACCCUGCUCUACAACUUCAUAAGGCAAGAGAAGUGUCCUCCUCCUUCAACCCACAUUUUCGAACCAAAAGCUGAGGGCGGCUUGCUUUAUGGUCUGGCGUCAGGGGUGGCAAGCGGUCUGUGGAGUGUCUUCACAUUGGGUGGAGCUGGCAGCAGAGCUGGGAUAGACCAGGAACAUGACCCUUUACCUUUGUCCAAUCAGAGUCUUCUGUUACUGCUGGUAUUAGCCAAUCUGACAGAUGGGCCUGAAUGGCCCAACCCCUACCGCCAGGCUAUUACUUGUUUCAGAAACACACAAGACACAUCAUCGCUGCCUGUAGAGCAACCUCACACUUUCCAGAUCAAUUUCAACAGUCUGUACACUGCUCUGUGUGAGCAGCAGCGCUCCGACCAGGCCACGUUACUGCUGUACACCCUGCUUCACCAGAACACCAACAUGAGGACGUACGUGCUGUCGAGAACUGACAUGGACAAUCUGGUGUUGCCCAUACUCGAGAUCCUUUACCACGUAGAGGAAAGAAAUUCUCAUCACGUCUACAUGGCCCUUAUCAUUCUCCUCAUCCUGACAGAGGACGAUGCUUUCAACCGGUCCAUCCAUGAGGUGAUAUUAAAGAACGUCACAUGGUACACAGAGAGAUCGCUAACAGAGAUUUCUCUCGGCAGUUUGCUCAUCCUGGUGGUGAUUCGCACCAUCCAGUUCAACAUGACCCGGACAAGGGAUAAAUACCUGCACACCAACUGUCUCGCUGCACUCGCCAACAUGUCAGCACAGUUUCGAUGUCUCCACCAGUACGCUGCCCAGCGGAUCAUAAGUUUGUUUGCUUUGCUUUCCAAAAAGCACAACAAGGUUUUGGAGCAGGCAACACAGUCUCUGAGAGGCAGACAAGGAGAGAGCGCAGCGUUGCCAGACUAUGCCCAGGACCUGAGUGUGAUUGAGGAAGUCAUCCGCAUGAUGCUGGAAAUCAUCAACUCUUGCCUGUGCAACUCUCUACACCACAACCCUAACCUGGUGUACGCACUGCUCUACAAGAGGGAGCUCUUUGAGCAGUUCAGGACGCACCCGUCCUUCCAGGACAUCAUGCAGAACCUCGACACGGUUAUUGGUUUCUUCAGUCAGCGUCUGGAGCAGGCUGGAAGUGACCUGUCUGUUGAGAGAGUUCAGGAGGUCAUCAUGAAAGGAGCCCAGGCACUGCCAAAAGACAGACUGAAGAAAUUCCCAGAGCUCAAGUUCAAGUAUGUGGAGGAGGACCAGCCAGAGGACUUCUUCAUCCCCUACGUGUGGUCGCUGGUCUUCAACUCUGGAGUCGGCCUCCACUGGAGCCCACACGGGAUCGAGCUGUUCAGCAUGGACUCCGGCUGAAGGACACGUUGCAGCAGAUUGCGCGUCUCCAUCUCCGUUCAGUACAGAAAAAGGAACUGACGGCACGUGGGUGUGGGUGUGUGUGGGUGGGUGUGUGUGUGUGUGUGUGUGUGUGUUCUGGGUAGGUGUGUAUGCAUUACCCUUUAUAGUAUGUUCACGCUGCUUUGAAAGUGCCUCAACCUUGUAGAGGAUGGUGUUUCUUUUUCAUGCAGCACAACCUCGUUCUCCCAAUAGGUCACUUAAAACAUGCAGACACGUGUUACACUGCUCUGAUGAACAUCCAUUUACUUCUGCACUGAAUACUAAAAACCUGCUGUGACUCAACACCUGCCACUCAUCUUCAAAUGUCCUAUUAUUGUUGAUUUUACACGCGAUUAUCUCAUAAACUGUUUUUCUUUUCUUUUGGCGUACAUUGUUCUCAGUGUACAACAGCUUUUGACACAUUUGCGCUUUUGAAUUGAAGAAAUGAAGAGAGAGAAAACUCUGUUGUCAUCAUCAGUAUGCAGGAGUUACAGUGUUGCCGGCUGUUUAAUAUCCCUCCCCACCCCCCACGUUCAAGUACAGCUUAAUUAAAUUUCAGUCCCCGGAUGAUAUAAGCACUCUGCAUCACUCUUUAAUUCGUCUGAUUUCGUUGUUGCUUGCAGCUCAUUUAUUCCAUACCCUGUUUUUGUCAUUAGCAUUUUUUUCCUGAUGCUAACCCAAGGCAAAUACUUAAACCGGGGACGGCCAUUAAACCUCCUGUCCUGUUGUGCAUAAUUACCGUUGUCUCCUUAACCGGUUACAUUAUUUCAUGUUUAAGUAGGGACUUAUUGUUAUUUAUUUUCAUGUAUAUUGUUUUUAUAUAUAUUCACCAUCCCAAAAUGUAAAGUGCAGUAGUGCUGAAAUGACUACUAUUACCGAAAGAGAAAAGCAAUGGUACUAUACUUUGAUUAUUCCCAGACGGGAAAACUGGCUUUAUAUAUAAAUGCAUAUAAUAUGAUGACAGCUGUCCUUUUUGUGGCAAUGUUUACCUUGAAAAUAGAAGUUUAAAUAAAAAUAUGAAAUCAAA